AUGACUACUGAUGCUAAUGACUUUGAAGAACCUUUCUUAACAGAUGAACAAAUUCAAAACAUUCAAAAUUUUGAUUCUCUACACACUUCCUCCAAAAUAUCUUCCCCCUUCGAUAGUUUGAAAAUUUCUUCUACUGAAAUACUUGAAAACAUCGCUGAAAGAACUCAUUGUCCAAAAUGUGAUAAACCAGUCAAAUUUUUUUGUUACUGGUGUUACAUAGUUGUUGGCCGCGAUAGUAAAGACUUGCCAAGAGUGAAGUUACCAAUUAAAGUUGAUGUAAUUAAACAUCAUAAAGAGAAGGAUGGUAAAUCAACGGUAGCUCACGCAAAAAUAAUAGCUCCAGAUGAUGUGGAAAUCAUUUCCUAUUCACAAAUGCCAAAGAUUGAAAAUCCGGAUCGUUUAUUAUUACUUUUUCCUGGUCCGAACUCUAAAACAUUACAAGAAAUACCAAGAUCAUCGUUUGAUAAACUCAUAAUAGUAGAUGGUACAUGGCGACAGGCUUCAAAUAUGGCAAAGAAUAAUCCUGAAUUAAAAAAUAUUCGUAAAGUCACUAUAAAACCGCAAAAAACAUUAUUUUGGAGAUAUCAAAAUAAAGAUGAAUAUCAUUUAUCCACUAUCGAAGCUCUUUAUUAUUUUUUAAGAGAAUAUAAUGAAGUUUAUGAAAUUCCUGAAGAGACUGAGAAUAUUCAUUCUGAUGGUAACGGGUAUGAUGGAAGAUAUGAUAAUUUAUUAUGGUAUUUUAAAUAUUUUUACGAAUUUAUUCAGGCUACUUAUAGAAAUCAAAAAGGAAAAAAGCAUUUUACUACUAGACAACGAGAAGGUUACAUUCGUUAUGAGUAA